GUCCAUUUUACAGCAUUUCUCAAUAAAAAAAAGAUUAAAAUAAUCUAAAAAAACUAAUUGAAAUAGACUUAAUGUAUAAAGAAAAGACUUGAGAACAAGAUCCAAUUCCAUCACUCCCAUCUCUUCUUCUCCAAAUCACCAUCAUAUUCAGACCACCAUGAAUUCAAGCUCUACUCUGCAACUGAUCGCGGUGGUGACCGGAGCGAACAAAGGAAUAGGUUUAGAGACAGUGCGGCAGCUCGCAACCCAAGGCGUCACUGUCAUCCUCACGGCCAGAGACCCCAAACUUGGCAACGAUGCUGUCAGCUCUCUUCAGCUAAGCAAUGUCCUUUUCCACCCGCUUGAUGUCAGGGAUGAUCACAGCGUCGCCGGCCUCGCCGACUUCAUCGGAGCAGAGUUUGGGAAACUUGAUAUCUUGGUGAAUAACGCUGGUGUUUCUGGUCUUAUUGUGGACGUGGAGGGAUUGAAAGCUCUAAAUAUUGAUCCGGAGUCUUGGUUAUCUGGAAAGGCAACGAAUGCAGUGAUGGAUACAGUGAUCAAGCAAAACCAUGAGAAUGCUGUGGCAUGCUUGGACACAAAUUACUAUGGUUGCAAGAGAGUCACACAAGCACUGCUCCCUUUCUUGAAGCUCUCAUCAUCUGCUUCAAUUGUUAAUGUCUCCUCUCUCAGAUCAGAACUCAAGAGGCUUCCUAAUGAGAAGACCAGAGGAGAAUUAGCAGACAUAGACAACUUGAAUGAAGAGGUGAUUGAGAAUGUGCUUGACAGGUUCCUGGAAGACUUAGAGAAAGGGAAUCUGGAAUCUGGAGGUUGGCCAUUGAUGUUACCAUCAUACAGCAUGUCCAAAGUUGCAUUGAAUGCAUACACAAGGGUUCUGGCCAAGAAGCACCCUGGAAUGCGCAUUAACUGUGUUCAUCCUGGGUAUGUAAAUACCGACAUCAAUUGGCAUACCGGAGUGUUGAAGGUCGAAGAUGGAGCGAAAGGCCCGGUGAUGCUUGCUUUGCUCCCGCUCGAUGGACCUUCGGGUUGCUACUUUGAUCAGAUUACCAUGGCUGAGUUUUGAAGAUGUGACUCUUAAAACAUUUCUGUUGUUGUUGCGAUGAGCUUUUCUUUUUACAGGUAAUAAAAGAUAAACCAAGUUCGAAAAUUAUAAUGUGUAGAGUAGGAUUUGCUUAUGAUGAAUAUGACUUGAUGAACUAAAUAAUCAUUUGCCUUGACAUGCCCUAAAUAAGAGAGGUGAAUGCUGAAAGCAAUCAAUUAAAUA